CGAAAGCAGAUUAAACCAAUAGGCAACGAGAAAUGUGUCGUUAAGGUUGAGAAGGUUGCCCCGGCAGAACGUCUGGCAGCCAAUUGUAAUAGGUUCCCAACAGUUGGGCAAGUUGGCAGACGAUACGUUUUUUGCCGGGUGGCCAAGUUUGAUGGUAUAUUACGCGCGGCCCGAAUAGGAAUAAUAGGAAGGGAAACGUGAAUAACUAGGAGAGACGGUGGAGAGAGAAAGAGGGAGGGAGAGCGAAUGGUUGGAAUGACGAAACGAGCGAGGGAGGCAGAAGCAGCGAGCAGAAGGGAGAAACGGGGAGAAGGUCCGGAUGGGAGACAUUGCAUUGUGAGAAACGGGAUCGAGGUGGGUUCGGAGUCUGUCGUCUGCUGAUAACGUCCGCUAUUCGCUCCGGCAUUUUGCCCAUAGUGGCUGACCACGGCUUUAACAUGGACCCAUUUCUUAUGAGACAUUGGUAGGAGAUUGAGCUAUGAAGAAACGCGGCGCUACGGACAGUAAGGGGAAUAAGAAUCAACAAGAGAAAUCGAAGAAGGACGAAGAGAAUAAAUUGGAGUUGGCACCACUGGACGACGAUAGUCACAAUCAGGGAUUCGGCGAAUGGCUGCGAUCGAGUGAUGGAGUCGAUAUGAUGAGACUGUUUGUGCUGGCUAAUUCUUUAGUCGUUUUCGUGACUAUGGCGUGGCCGAAUAUGCAGGAGGCUGUUAAUAUUAUUCGUGACAUGUUUAUGGGCGAGGAGGAGUGAGGUGGUGGGUCUUGAUAAGCAAUUUGGA